UAAAAGAAUGAAAUCCUAUUUUUCAUGAUAUUGGGUAAUGUAGUAAAUAUUUUGCUGUAGGAUAUAUUUUUAAAUAAUUGAGGUUUAAGACAAUUUUUAUAAUUUUUGUGUUUCACACUUGUAUAAUAACAAAGCAUUUAUCAUUAGAUUCUAAUACUUUUGCACAGAAUAAAUAUAUGUGUAUAUAUGGUUGACAGGCUCCAUAAACUAUAAAGGGUAAUGUCAAUUUAAACUUCUAAAUUAACGGAUUUGUUUUGCCGUUAUCACCUUGCUUGGCAGUGUACCUUUUAGUAUUUUUAUUAACUUCAUUACAGUGCUUUUUAACACUGUUUUAUAAGCUAAUUUUAAGAUUUUUACUAAAAUAAUGUCUCAACAGCAAACAAAAAAUUGUAUAACGCUGAAAGGCUCUGCACAAAUCAUUUGUGAAUAUCUCAAAUAUGCCAUUAAUUCAGUAUUAUUUCAAAGAGGCUUGUAUCCACCAGAAACAUUUAAAGCAGAACAGCAGUAUGGAAUUACUCUUCUCAUAUCGGAAGACCAACAAAUAAAAAAUUUUCUUACAAAUCUGUUGACACAAAGUGAAGAAUGGAUUCUCAACAAAAAAGUCAGUAAGCUUUCUCUUAUAAUACUCAAUGUAGCUAACAAAGAAAUACUGGAAUGCUGGGAUUUCAAUGUACAAUACGAAGAUGGUGAUGCUGUUUUAUCUAAAGAGAAAAAUGAAAAAGUAGGAAGUAAAGAUUUGAAGAAAAUACAGCAAGAGAUCCGCGAUGUUAUGUUGCAAGUGGCAGCUACCAUUUCAUAUCUACCUUUCUUAGAUUGUAGAUGUUCAUUUGAUGUUUUAGUUCAUGCUAAGACCGAUUGUGACAUCCCGGAAAAGUGGGCAGAAGCCGAGCCUAUAGCUAUAACUAAUGCACAGAAUGUACAACUGAAGACCUUCUCGACCAGCUUACACAAAAUGGAAACUGUUGUUAGUUACAAGCUUGCAGAUUAAAUACAUUUGGUUUCAAUGUAGCAAUCUCUUAGUAAGUUUAACAAUUUACCAGUUCUAGGCUUAAGUGUAGUAAUUAAGUACUUUGUGGAAAAUCAAUUGGAUGAUAUUAGGUUUAGUUUGUGCCUGAGUUUUGAUUAAGUUUUGAUAAUUGUAAAUAUAGACUGUGAUAGUAUUGUAACAUUAAUGUUUUUGUCAUUUGAAUUAUUUAUUUUUUAAUCUUUAUAUUCAAGGAAAUUAAAAAUACUUUGGUACAAA